AUGGCCAAGCGACCUCUAGGACUCAACAAGGCCAAUAAGAGCAAGAAGAAGAAGCUCGACAGCGCCGAGAAGGCCGAAAAGGCGGUGGCCAAAGAAAUCUCGCCCGAAAACGACGAAUCGGCCGAGCCAGCGCCCGCUCUGACACUGGAUGCCGAUGAAGAAGACGACAUGGGCCAAUUGGAGAGUCUGUACAAAAACUGGACGUCGUCCGAGCGUGACUCACCCCGUAUUCUCCACGGAGUGGUCCACGAGUGCGAUUCGCUGCUCCAAAAGGCCAAGGGUGAGGGACUUCCCGCCCGUUUCCACGAGAUCUACGCAGCGUCUCUGCUUGAUCUGGCUGAAUUUGCCGACAAGAAGAAGCCCGUGAAGAAGAAGAAGGUCAAGUCGGACGAUGUGGCCCCGGAAACCUCGGACAUGUUUGUGGACGCGGCUCUGGAGCGAGUCGAGACUGGUCUGGAGCAGUAUCCAGAGGAUGCCGGUCUGCUGUUUGUCAAGUCUAGAGCUCUCAAGCAGGAUAUCGACGAGAAGAUGAGUGCUGUAUCCAAGGAGGAGCGAAAAGAAACCGCCAAGAAGAUGAUUUCUCAGCUCAACAAGAUCCUGGAAGUGUUCAAGCUGGCCCAGAAGCAUGCCUCCACCGUGACUCCAGCGCAGUUGGAUGUUGUGGAGGAGCUUAUUGAGCUGUCUGGCGCUCUGGAGAGCGUAGUCAAGCAGUCGGACAUUUCCGAAACCACCCUUGUUGCCUGCGAGAAGUUUUACAAUGAGAUUCUGGCCUCUGAGAAGGACGAAAACACCGUCAAGAAGGCCCAUCGGGGUGUCGGUACCUGCAAGAUGAUCGUUGCCGACUCUCUGUUGGACCUGCUUGAUGACGACGACGAAGACAAUGACGACACCGUGGAGCUGGCCAAGAAGAACCUCAAGGCUGCCAUCGAGCACUUUCAGAAGUCGGAGACCGACGAGGACGGAGAGUUCAUGGUCACUCUGGCCGAAACCAUGAUCCAGUACGGCAAUUUGUUCGAGACCGAGAGUGAUGACCAGAAAAAGUGGUAUGGAGAGGCCGUCAAGCGACUGCGGCAGGCCCAGCGACUGGGUGUUGGCAAGUACGACGAGAUGAUUCUGGAGCUGGAGGACGACUAA